GCCACCUGUGCUCUUUGGUUGCCUCCGACAACAGCCGUUCCGCGUCUCGUGUCCAUUUGUGUAGUAGCGUAAGGAUGCGGCCAGCACCGCCACUCCCCCCUCAGCUCUUUUUAACCCGCCAGCCAACAAAUCUAGGAUAUUCUUGCAUCAUCAUCACCGGCGAACCUUACUCCUCAGCCGAGACAAGUAUCUUUAACAAGCAAGCAAAUCGAGAUGGAGGAAAAACCACAGCAAGGGAGCCCGCCUCCAGAAGUCCUAAUGCCGAAGCCCGCAUCCCCUUACGAGGCGCCGUCUUCCACACUUGACAAUGAGAGAACGACCCUAGCGGCGCGAGCUAAAAGCGCAAUCGUCAGCGCAUUUUGCGUUUUUGGCCAGAGUAGAUAUAGCCCAAUCUACGCCAUUGUCAUUGUCCCUCGCUCGGUCGAUUAUUUCUGCGAAACUAGUCAGGAAUGUGUAAACUGUCGUGAUUUGAGCUUUUCUGUAAUGAUUAUUCUAGCAGCGGUUCACUUUGCGGCGGUGAAUUACACGGGAGGUUUUCGCAGCAAUGAGAAUCAGCGACCUGGAAUUCACUCCCUUCUUCUACUGGCCUUUUUGAUAUAUGAAUUCUGUUAUUCUGUGUAUUAUUUCAUAGCGGGAAAUGCGUACCACUGGUACUGAGCCAUGAGGCUUUUUUGCAAUCAGGAUCGUAUUAUGCCAAGUCUACAUGUACUUAAUUGGUCAGUAUACGGCCAUUAAUUAUGCAUAAUUCUUAUUCAAAUAAUCCUACUAGUUAGUCAUUGCGUUGUCUUGCGCUACUACGGAUACAAAAGGCGCGCUUCCGCCUAAGUGGUGCCACUCUGAGCUUUAAAAGACUACAUGUAGAUUGGACAUCACACUUUUGCAUACUUUGUAGGAUAACUGUACUAGUCGGGUG